GCUUUUUGUUUAUUGUUUAGAAAUUAGUACUUAAACUAAAAAAACUGAAUCGGAGGAUUAAUACAAAAAAAAAAAAAAAAAAACUGAGUCGACUCUAACGAGUUGUCUCGAGUUGGACUCAGUUCUCUUCAUUCCUAAAACCUCGAAACUCUUUGGUUCCUCGUCCCUUUCAGAUCUUACAUUGAUUAGAACAAAUUCGAAUUCGAAGCUCAAGCUCAAUCAACACCGUUCAAUUUGAUUCCUUUUUUAUUAAGAUUUUUGUUUUUUAUGCUAUAAAUAAGCAAGAUGGGGUUGUUGUGUUGAUGUAAAAUUCACUGAGUGUGUAAUUUUACUAGAGAUUGAAAAUUUUGAUAUUUGGUGGUUCUGUUGAUUGAUGAUUGUUGUGGUGGAAGUGAUUGGUGUUGCUUUUACACAUUCAAUAGCAUUAUUGGCUCUGAAGAAGAAGAAAAAGGAGAUUUUUUCCUUCUGGGUUUGUUUAUGUCUCGAAAACUAGAGAGUCCAGUUCAGACCCAGAUGGCAGUUGCAGUGAUGAGGAGUCCUCUUGGGAGGGAGUAUCAUGGGAGUCAGAGUCAGAAUCAAAGCCAGAGGCAACCUGCUGGGAGGAGACGCGUGUUCGUCCAAACCGAUAAGGGUUGUGUGCUUGGUAUGGAAUUGGAUCGCGGGGACAAUGUACAUACCGUUAAGAGGAGGUUGCAGCUUGCUCUUAAUGUUCCUGUUGAAGAGAGUUCUCUUACUUUUGGUGAUAUGGUCUUGAAGAAUGACCUUAGUGCUGUUCGGAAUGAUUCGCCUCUUUUAUUGACGAGGAGUUUGCUUCAUAGAAGCUCAUCAACUCCUUGUUUGUCUCCAACUGGGAGGGAUAUCCAGCAAAGGGAUAAGAGCGGUCCUAUUGAGAUAUUGGGGCAAUCCACACGCCUUGAUGUAAUGAAACUCAUGGCUAAGGAUAUUGUGAAGGCGAUUAAGAUGGGGAUCGAUCCGGUUCCUGUUAAUGGUGGGCUUGGAGGUGCGUAUUAUUUUAGGGAUUGUAAUGGGGAUAGUGUUGCUAUUGUGAAACCGACUGAUGAGGAGCCUUUUGCGCCGAAUAACCCUAAAGGUUUUGUUGGUAAAGCUCUUGGACAGCCGGGGUUGAAACGAUCUGUUCGGGUUGGGGAGACGGGUUUUAGGGAGGUUGCGGCUUAUCUUUUGGACUAUGAUCAUUUUGCUAAUGUGCCUCCUACUGCCUUGGUGAAGGUUACUCACUCGAUCUUCAAUGUCAAUGAUGAAGUCAAUGGGAAUUGUUUCCGGAGAAAGAGACUGGUUAGCAAGAUUGCUUCUUGUCAGCAGUUCAUACAUCAUGAUUUUGAUGCUAGUGAUCAUGGUACGUCGAGCUUCCCGGUUGCUUCGGUGCAUCGUAUAGGGAUAUUAGAUAUUAGGAUUCUUAACACAGAUAGACAUGCUGGAAACUUGUUGGUUAGAAAAGUUGGUGAUGGCAUUGGAACUUUUGGUCAGGUGGAGCUAAUUCCUAUUGAUCAUGGGCUCUGUCUGCCAGAAACUUUGGAGGAUCCUUAUUUUGAGUGGAUUCAUUGGCCUCAAGCUUCCAUUCCGUUUUCCGAUGAGGAGCUUGCCUACAUUCGUGAUCUAGACCCUGCUCAUGACUGCGAGAUGCUUCGAAUGGAGCUGCCAAUGAUUCGAGAGGCUUGUCUCAGAGUGCUGGUGCUCUGCACCAUUUUUCUCAAAGAGGCUGCUGAAUUUGGUCUUUGUCUUGCUGAAAUUGGCGAGAUGAUGACUCGCGAGUUCCACAGGGGUGAGGAGGAGCCUAGUGAACUUGAGGUUGUUUGUUUAGAGGCAAAGAGGAUGUUGGCAGAGAGGGAGGAACUAUCUCCAAGGACUGAGGUGGGAGAUGACGAGUUCUUCUUUGAUAUUGACUGUGAUGAAGGUGGAUCAGACUCCACUCCAAAGAUGGCAAUGGAGGAUCCUUUAAUCAGAGAAAUUUUUCAGCAUGCACCUGGAAAUGGGCACAUGCGCAGCCCACUUUCCAAAUUGGAUGAGAGCAUUGAGGAGGAAGAGGAUGAAAAUGAUGAAGAAUCUCCUCAAGAAUUUGGUACUUUUUCUGCUCAAGAAAAAGUUGCAACUAUUCCGGAGAUUACUGUAUCACUGAAAAAUACCAUGUUAGCCGAAAAAAAGCAGAAACACUCUGGAGGAAAACUGGAUAACGGUUACUUUACAUCAUCUGGCCAUAGGAGUGCCAAUGAGCAGCUUCCUGCAAGCAUAAGCUUCGUAAUGCUUGCAGAUAUGACCGAGGAUGAUUGGACAUUGUUUCUUGAGAAGUUUCAAGAGUUGCUGUAUCCGGCAUUCGCCAAGAGGAAAUCUAUAACCUUAGGACAGAAGCAGAGGCAGAGGCUUGGUACUUCGUGCCAGUUUUGAAGUUGAGUUAUAUGUUUGGAUGAGAGAGGGAACUAGCCUUUACAGGUUGCAGGGAUUGCAGGAUUGUUAGAAAUAUUAGUUCUUGUUUGACAUUUGGAUGAGGGUAGCAAAAACCACUGUAAAUAUGUUGUUUGCAUCUUGAUCUUAUGAUUUCAUUUCUUCUUUUUUUAUUUUUAGUUCCCCCCUCCUUGUUGUUUACCUUUGACUUGUCUGAUAAAUAAUUUGUAGGAUAAAUUUGUGAAAUGAAUGAAAUUUAUGUAUAUAAUGAAUGA